AUGGGCGGGACAAUCUUCUCCGUGCCCAUCUUCUUCGUCGUCUUCAGGGAGGUCGUCGAGGCGGGCAUCGUCGUCUCCAUCCUCCUCUCGCUCGUCGAUGGCAUGUCCUCGGGCAACAAGGACGGCGCGACCGACCCCGACGAGGCAGAGGCGGUCAGGCUGCGCGUGCGCAAGCGGAUGCGCUGGAUGGUGUGGGCAGGCGCGCUCUCUGGCCUCGCGAUCGCAGCGUGCAUAGGCGCAGCGUUCAUCGCAGUGUUUUUCACAACGCUCAGCAACCUCUGGAGCAAGUCGGAGGACUUGUGGGAAGGCAUCUUCUGCAUGAUCGCUUGCGUCCUCAUCUACGUCAUGAGUCUCGGCAUGCUCCGCAUCGACCGGUCGCAGAUCAAGUGGAAGGCCAAGUUCGCCGCGGCGUUCGCACCGCAAGAGGGCGACCAGAAGCUCACGGCGCACGAGCGGAAGCAGGGACGCCGCGGAAAAUGGUCCCUCUUCAUCCUUCCCUUCGUUACAGUCCUCCGCGAGAGUCUCGAGAUGGUCGUCUUCGUCGGCGGCGUCUCGCUCGGCCAAUCCGCCAAAUCCAUUCCCCUCGCCGCCAUCACUGGCCUCAUCGUCGGCUUCGUCAUCGGCUACCUGAUCUUCGCCUCCGGCUCGCGCGUCAACCUCUCAAUCUUCCUCGUCGUCUCGACUAGCAUCCUCCUCCUCAUCGGCGCCGGCUUGUGCUCGAGGGGAGUGUGGUUCUUCCAGCAGUAUCGGCUUGUGAGAGGUGUCGGAGGCGACCUCGGAGAAGUCGGCGACGGUCCUGGUUCCUUCGACCCGACCGGUAGCGUCUGGCACCUUACCUACGGCAACCCCGAGAACCAGCUUGCCAGCCAAGGCUGGUCUGUCUUCAACGCCCUUCUCGGCUGGCAAAACAACGCCACCCUCGGCUCGGUCCUCUCCUACGUCUUCUACUGGCUCCUCGUCACCUUCUCACUCGUCUACCUCAAGUGGUCCGAAGGCCGCACGUCCUUCUUCGGUCUUCAUUCGAAGGCUGGUAAGCGCCGCCUUGCGAAGCGCCGUGAGGGGAAGAGGGAUGAGGAGACUGUGGGAACGGAGUCCGGGGAGACAAAGGCGGAUAGUGGACUCGCUAGCAUCGUGGAGAAGGACGCGGUCGUGGGGAGGACAGAGGAGGGGGAGAUUGUCGACUUGCCUGGUCGGCCGGUGCUCGGGCGCGGAGACACCUCGCUCGGGUCGGCUUCUAGCGUGUCAAGCAAGGUAGAGGGAGAGGAGGAGAUCACAGAAGCGCCUCGACGAUAG